ACCAGGCCUUGCAGCAACAGCAACAGCAACACUUGCACCACUCGCACCACCCACCGCUGCAGCACCACCUGUCGCUAGGCGGCUACCAGCAGUUGCAACUGCAGAUGCAGGCCACCAGGAAUCAGUAUUCCACACCACAGCAUCACUAUCGCAAUGCAACAACGGCUGCAGCAGCAGCAGCAGCAGUGGCAACAUCUGCAAAUGCAGCAACCAUAAGACGUCGCACCUUGAGUCAUGUAUCGCGUUCUUAUUCCCUGGGCACAUCGGCAGCCAGUGCAGCAGCUUCGGCAGCAGCCACUGCAGCAACUGCAGCUGCCACACCAGCAACAUCAUCGGCUAGCAAUAAUCAACUGAGUAUCCACAAAACUGGGAUCAUGGUGGCCGCCUCACGUUGUCGGAGUCCCAUAAUGCUGUGCCACAGUCACAGCGACGGGGAGUUUCCACUGUACAGAGGUAAGUUUGACAUUGAUGGACUACACAACCUCUUAAAUCGGAGUAUGGCUGUGUGGGAGGAUAAAGAAGCCCUGCCCCGUUCCGAAAAGAAAAUAUGCAAUGACUUUUGGCAUUCCCCUGCGUGUGCGUAUGUGUAAAAGAUAUAUAGAUGGGAGGGAAAUUUGGAAAAGCGUGGCGCGUGGGUUUUUUCUUUCCAAGUCACCGCCUCCUGUGGCUUACCAUUAUCCGCCCCACGAUGCAAAUUAGAUUUAGAUUUUGCCAAAUUUCCCUCCUCCUCCUACUUCCUCUUUUUUAUAUAGACUUCUUAAAGUUUGUUCUAAGCUCAAAGAGAAAAUAAAAAGAAAACAAGUUUUUGAGGUGGGCACCCUGCUGAUGACAGAU